GUUGAAUGCACUGGAUUCUCUAAAAGGCCACAGGAAGGGGACAGCUGGAAGAGAAUGGCAGAAGACAAGGACUCCACUGCAACUUUGUUUUUCUCCGUCAUUACUGCAGUCCUGGGCUCCUUUCAGUUUGGAUACAACGCUGGAGUGAUCAAUGCCCCACAGAAGGUGAUAGCGUCCCAUUACAGACAUGUACUGGGCAUCUCCUUGGAUGAGCUAAUGAUAACCAACUUUACAGAUUAUGCACUUGUCGAUUUGGAUGAUACAGUGAUGCCUGCAGAAAUGGAAAAGGCUGGUCCGCCUUCAUCCCAUGAAACUGUUACCUUGUACUGGUCUCUGUCCGUGUCCAUCUUCGCCAUAGGAGGAAUGAUCUCUUCCUUCUUUGGAGGAUGGCUUGGAGACAAAUUAGGAAGAAUUAAAGCAAUGUUGGCUGCAAACUGUCUCUCCGUGACGGGAGCUCUCCUGAUGGGACUGGCUAAAUUUGGGCCAUCUCAUAUUCUUAUUAUCGCUGGCAGAGCCAUAAUGGGGUUGUACUGUGGGCUAGUAACAGGACUGGUUCCCAUGUAUGUUGGCGAAAUCUCUCCUACGUCUCUUCGAGGGGCUCUUGGUACGUUCCACCAGCUGGCCAUAGUCUCUGGGAUCCUUGUAAGCCAGAUCAUUGGACUCGACUUCAUCCUGGGAAAUGAUGACCUGUGGCCAGUGUUGCUUAGUUUGUCCAGUGCCCCUGCUAUCCUUCAAAGUUGCCUCCUCUUCUUCUGCCCGGAAAGCCCCAGAUACCUUUACAUCAAACUCGGAGAGAAAGAAAAAGCGAAGGAAAGCCUGCAACGGCUCCGAGGGGAUGUGGACCUCACCAAGGACAUCGGGGAAAUGGAAAAGGAAAAAGAAGAAGCUCUGAGUGAGCAGAAGGUUUCCAUAAGUCAGCUCUUCACUUCCCCCAGCUACAGACAGCCAAUCCUGGUGGCGCUGAUGCUUCACAUAGCCCAGCAGUUUUCUGGAAUCAACGGGAUCUUUUACUACUCAACCAGCAUUUUUGAGAAAGCUGGAGUGAAAGAACCAGUUUAUGCAACAAUCGGAGUUGGAGUUGUCAACACCGUCUUCACCGUUGUCUCAGUUUUCCUUAUAGAGAAAGCUGGAAGACGUUCCCUGUUUCUGAUCGGUUUGAUUGGAAUGUCCAUAAGCGCCAUUGUUAUGACAGUGGGACUUGCAUUAUUGGAUAAAUUUGACUGGAUGAGUUACGUGAGUAUGGUAGCAAUCUUCUUCUUCGUCAGCUUCUUUGAAAUUGGACCAGGCCCCAUCCCUUGGUUUAUUGUUGCUGAACUCUUCAGUCAAGGACCUCGCCCUGCAGCUAUUGCAAUAGCAACAUUCUGCAACUGGACCUGCAACUUCAUCGUGGCCAUGUGUUUCCAGUACGUUGAGGUUCUGUUGGGGCCCUACGUGUUUGUCCUCUUUGCUGGGAUAGUUUUAGGAUUCACUCUGUUUACCCAUUUUAAAGUACCAGAGACCAAAAAUAAGUCUUUUGAAGAGAUCGCGGCGGAAUUCAAAAGGAGAAGGCGAGCUCCCGCUAAGGACUCCAAGAUGGCUACAGAACUGGAAUACCUGGGUGGCAGUAAGAAUGUGUAAAGGAAACGACGCGUUUAGGCACGAUGCUCCUGCAGAACUUGGGACUGGCAUGUUUUAAAAAGCUGGAUUUUGAGGUGCUUUCUUAAUUGAAAAAAUUCCAAGUGUUUUUAUUUACAGUCUAAGAUGCAUACAUCAAAACUCUCAAGAGGAGACAGACAGUCUGGGCCAUUACUACCUGUUUACAUGAUGCUGUGACCUACUACAGUUUCUGGCACGUAGUAAGUGCCAGAAUUACCAGAAUUGUUAACAAAUACCAGAAUUGUUAUUAUAAUUAUUAUGACAAAGCCAAAAUACUAGUCUAUUCGGUUUCCUCAAAGGGCACUUUGGAAAAAAAAUCAAUAUCCCUGCACAUACUGACGGCAGGCAGAAGAAAAGUAGGAAAGAUUUCCAUGGGGGACGUUAUUGUUUCCUUAGGGCUGUAACUGAAAAUUUUAAGUUCCAUCAGGACAUACACAUACACACUGGGAAUGGUUGCAUUUGAAAUUCCUCCCGUUUGGGUAUAUGAUCCAAAAGGUGAAAUAAUAAUAAUAAUAAUAGUAUUUGUUAAGUGCUUACUA